GAUCGCUUCCUCGCCGUUCGGACUUAGCGUCGCGCCACGACGCUGCGCAUGCGCGUGCGCAAUUUUGUUUUGCCCGCCUGCGCGUGCCACACGCAAAUGGCGUUCGAUCAGUGGAUUUGUUAAGUAAUCGACGUAGUGUGUUUAAAAAUACGUGAACCAGUGGGUACGAAUUGAUUAUUCUUUCGCAGAACGACUGCCUUACGCCAAUGAUAACAAACUCUUCCCACUCUUGUUGGUCAAGAUGGCGGUUGCCUAAUCUCCGGCGAAAAAAAAAGAGGAAGAUAGAAAGAGAGAAAAUAUCAACGCGUCGCUUAACGAUAACAAAGGCAAAAAAGUAUCUAUCGUGACGGCCAUAUUUCCGAAAUAUUCGUCGCUCGAUUUCGUGGCUCUAAGGUAAAAUCGUCUGGUGACCUUGAAAUGGAAGAACGGCCAGAAAACAUCGAAGGGCCAUCGGUUAAUUCUUCUUCUUCUUCCACGGAUGAUGCCGAUCUGAGCAUGGGCGCGGGCGCAGCUGGGGGCUCGGUCCUCGGUCUGCCCGGAUCGGGCGUGGGUGGUGUGCUCUCCCAACAUUGCGCCAUUUGCGGAGAUCGCGCCACUGGAAAACACUACGGCGCCGCUUCCUGUGACGGGUGCAAAGGUUUCUUUCGACGAUCGGUCAGAAAGAACCACCUCUACACCUGCAGAUUUAGUAGAAAUUGUGUAGUAGACAAGGAUAAAAGGAAUCAGUGCAGGUACUGCAGACUAAGAAAAUGUUUCAAAGCUGGCAUGAAGAAGGAAGCUGUACAAAACGAAAGGGACCGGAUAAGCUGUAGAAGGCCGAGUUACGAAGAACAGACCAGCAACGGAAGUGGACUUUCGGUAGUUUCCCUGCUUCAAGCUGAAAUGCUCAGCAGACAAGUAGGCGCUGCUCUUGAGCUAGGCAGUCCGGGUAACGAUAUCGACCUAAGCACCAAGCAAAUAGCCAACAUAAACGAUGUCUGUGACAGCAUGAAACAACAGCUCCUGAUCUUGGUGGAAUGGGCUAAAUACAUCCCUGCUUUCAGCGAGUUAACGCUUGACGAUCAGGUUGCCCUUCUAAGGGCACACGCUGGCGAACACCUUCUCCUUGGUGUAGCCAGGCGCAGCAUGCAACUGAAGGAUGUCCUUCUUCUGGGCAACAACUGUAUCAUCACUAAAAAUUGUCCUGUCAUAUCUUUGUCCACAGAGGGUCGCAACCAGGAUCUGGACAUUAGCAAGGUCGGCAUUAGGGUGAUGGACGAGCUGGUGAAGCCUUUGAACGAAGUGCAGAUCGACGACACGGAGUUCGCUUGUUUGAAGGCCAUUGUCUUUUUUGACCCCAAUGCAAAGGGCCUGAGCGAACCGCAGCGAAUCAAACAAUUACGUUAUCAAAUUCAAAUUAAUUUGGAAGAUUAUAUUAGCGAUCGACAGUAUGAUAGUCGUGGUCGAUUCGGCGAGAUACUUUUGACUUUACCAGCUCUCCAAUCAAUCUCCUGGCAAAUGAUAGAACAGAUUCAAUUUGUAAGGCUGUUUGGAGUUGCACAUAUAGACAACUUGCUGCAAGAGAUGUUGUUAGGUGGCGCCACCGCAGAGAUAAAUGGUGCUGCAACACCAAUACCGAUCUCAAAUGCACCUGGUAGUUACGUGAGCAGCAAUGAAAGCCCUAGCAGUCCCUUAACGCCGGCUAACGCGCCCCCGUUGAGUCCUCAAGAUCACAUGCUGGCUGGUGGGAGUCCUGUUAUGAUCCUGAGGGACCUUACGCCUAUACAGAGUCAAGAGGACGUGACUAGUGCAACUGGAUUUAGAAUGUUCAAGCAAGAACCCAGUCUCGAAAGUGAAUCAACCUUUUAAAGGUCUUUGGAUGUAUCUUAAAAAUAAUUGAAAGAUCCUGCGGAAUGAAUUAUAAAUCUGGAGAUACUGGAUCGUAUUGAAAAUGGAUAAGGAACUACAAAAAUGUAAGAUAAGUUAGCUAUGAGAAACUAGUAGAAGACUUUCACUUAUGUGCCACAAAAGAAUCAGGAUCUUUCUUAGAUAAGAUAAUUUUUAAAUGUUAAAAUAAGAUGUUUCAAUGGUACGUUGGAGAGAAGUUUUCAAGUUUCAGAAGAGUGGGAAGACUUUGAAUGAUUAUCAGAAACGGUGAGAAAGAUUGGAUCAUUUUGAAAGGUGAAAAUGCAGAAUCUUAUACAGUUUUAAAAAUACUUGAUGAUGCAGUGGCAGAACAAUGUCAUGAACUGCGUGUAAUCAUAUAAGAUCUUAUAAGAUCCCAAAGUAAGAACGAGUUCUUUUAAUAUUUUACAUAUUUUUGACAAGAAACUGACUUUAGCGAUCUCUGAUGAUAUUCUGAGCAGUUUUUAAACAUUAGCGACAUCUUUCAUUAAAAUAUUUAUAAAUACAAUCUUUUUUUUUUUUUACUUGUACUCUAAAUUUACAAGCAUAUUCAAAGCAUAUCUUUCAAUUAAUUUGGUGUAUUAACUAAAUUCAUGAAAAAUAAUGUGAAAUUUCGUUCAUUUUUGGAUAAAAAUCAUGCUCAAUCGAUUGCUCAAUUAAUUCUUAAUUACCUUAACCAUAAGGUCAAAUCAAAAUCGGUCGAUUAAGUGACAAAGAAUUACUUUGUCACUAAAAAGGUCAACUUAACUAAUAUUAAUGCACUACUUUACUGCAUAAUACAUAUUCAGUAACCAAUACUUUGACAAUAUGUUUGAUUAAAAUCAGAGGAACUCAUCACUUUCAUAUAAACUAUAUGUUAUAUUAUAGUAUAUUUAAUAAGCAUACAACGUUUCCUAUUUUAAUUUCUAUUUUCAUCAAGAACACAUUUUUAAUUCGAUCUAGUUUCAUACGAUCGCAAUAAAAUCUAAACGACCGACCUCUGAACAUAAUAAUAAUAAUUAAUUUUAAUUGUUACAUUUCUAGAAUGUAAGUACAUUGUUAUUUAUACAAAGGGUUUAUUAAUUAUAUUAUUUAUAAUAUAUUUCUACAGAGAAUAUUUUUGUUAAUGCAAUAAAUAUUUUGUUAUCCCUAUUAUACUGAAUAUGCAUUGUAUCAUACGUACACAACAAUUGUAAUAAUUGAAUAGUCUUUUUAUCUACUCGUAUAAAUGAAAGAUACUUCAGAUAUUCCGAAUAACAUCAGGCAAUGUGCAAUAUUAAAUGCUUUUCAAUCAUUUCAGCAAAUAUUCAUUCGGAUAAGCAACAUUUUAAUUGAACACUGUACAUAGUAUUUUUAAACAUAAGUUAUAUUUAAUAUAUGUUGAUUUUUUACAAACAGUUUAUUUAAUAUCCUCCGCAGUACAAAAAGAACACAUUAACAUUUAGUUUGCAACAAUAGUUAAUAUACUUGACUUUUAAAGUACUAUAGUUACUGGUUUAAAAGAACUAGUCUACAGAUUUUCUGCAAUAAGUCAAUUGCAAAAUUCUAUCUUAUUUCUUUUUUUUCAUCCACACGUAUAAUAGCAAAUACAUACAUAGGAAUAUUUAUUGAAAUGAAAAGAAUAGAAAUUUCAACAUGCCCCAUCAAAAAACAUCAUUUUUCAGAAUCUUUUUUUACUAAUCUAAUUUAGCCAGUGAAAGGAAUCUUAGAAAAUUUCAUGUUAUUUGCUAGGAACAUUUUACACCCUGUAUAAAAUAGACAACAUUCCAUGUAAAAAAUCAAAAAUGUUUAGAGAAUAAUUAACGCCUCUCUCUAUAAAGAGAGGAGCACACGCCAUUGCAAUGCAAUUUUUUUUUUAAGGAAAGGAGUAUGCAUAUUUUUGUUAAUUUUUUUUACACAUUUGGAGUACGAUUUGUUUCUUAUUUUCACUAUAUGAAAUAAUUUUCAUUCAUACAUUACUUUAAAAGCAAAUCGCUAGUUCCAAAUGUUUAUCGCGGCUUCUACUAGAUAUUACAUUUAUGAACAGAUUAGAAAAUGAUAGGAUAAUAUUUUAAGAUAUACAUAAAUUUAUAUACUAUUAAUAAUAUGAAAUGUAGUAUAUAAAUAUAUAAAUAACAUUUUAUCUGGCACAUGUGUAUACAUGUACACAAAAUGUAAAUUAGUGGAAGUGAUAAUAUUAUUUUUAACAAACAAAGAAACUAGUUAAAUAAAA